AUCAGUCAGGAUGAUACAGAUUUGAACCAGUGAGCAAUACCGAAAAGAUGCAGUCUCUUCGUCACCGGCCAAACCCAAAUUGUGGUUGACUAUGGAAGUAACCAUAGACAUGGAGUCAAAGAAGGGCAGAUGUUAAAAACGAACAACGGACGCAGGCCAACUUAGACAUGGCAAUCCGCAGUCGUAACAAAGACCGCUCGACAUAUGCGGCCCUCUUCGAGUCUUCGACAGUUAGUCGAGCAGGAUCUUCGACUGUCGACCCUUUUGAUAACUAUGCUACAUCGUCGCAGCUUCCAUGGUCCCCCGAUCAAAACAUCAGAUCUCAACGUGGGCAGACCAUAACGCGACUGCCACCGCUGUCGUACGAUGCACACUUGAAGUUCAGUGAAGCCCAAUACUCGUUUGGCCGCAAUGAAACAUUCCUGGUCGAUCCAGAGCCGCUGGUCAAACGGUACGUAGCUCUAGCUGAGAAGUUUGAGAAGCAAUUUAAAACUUUUGUUGCUGACACGCCCGUCGACACCGGUGAGACCCGUGACCUUGCAGAUUUCUUUCGCAAUGAGAAGUUUACUUGGAUGCUCAUUUUAGCUCUUCUGGCUGCCAGUCAGGGUGAGGACUCUUCAAUAGAUCUAGAAGCAUCGGUUGAAUUACGUCUUUUAACUUCAGACGCAGAAGAAAUUGAGGCGCUGUUCGAAACUUCAUUUGACUUGCGCAAAACACAAAGCUUAAUUGACUGGCUGGAGCAUCGCUAUUGCGAAGAGAAGUGCGUAUCAAACCUGGCGUCACUGCACUUCUACAAGGAGCAUGGCAUUAUGUACGAGUACACGAAACGGGCAAUACUCAGGGAUCAUGCCCAUGACGGCAUCGUUACGGAACUUGAUCCGGACGCUCCAAUGCGACAGCAGCGGACCCUGCACGAGCAAGACGUGGAAGAUGGACAACGACUUUUCCGUUGCGUAUUUGAGCUUGUGCGCGCUGGUAAACUGAGCGACGCCCAGAAGUUGGCCGUCAGCCAAGGGCACUUUAUGCUUGCUGCUGGCAUGCAAGGUUGGAAAGCGUUCCGAGACAAUAUUCGAGACAGUGAAGGAAAUCCUUUACCCGACGAAGGUAACCCUUACCGCGACUUGUGGAAGAUUGUCGUGUGGAAGAAGUUGGCUGAUGACCGGGUGGAUCCAGCGGAAAAAGCUAUUUACGGUGCUCUAAGCGGCUGUCUUGAAGCUCUUCUUCUUCUUUGUACUACCUGGGAAGACCAUCUCUGGGCUCACCUUAAGGUAAUGAUAGAUGUUGCCAUCGAACUAUAUUUACGGAAUUCACGAUGCGCUGAUAUCGGACGCCUUCCAGAUGCCUAUCCUAAAGAGAUUGAGAGGCUUGAUGUUGUCAUCGGAAAUAUUGAAAGCCGUACUGAAGUGAAUGCCGGUGACUUCUUUCGACAGCUUCAUAAGUAUUUAAUUCUACAGGAGGCCGAGGGUCUCUUGAAUAUGAUGCUCGAUAACUGUCAGAAACUUGUCGAAAAAGAUAAAUCAACAAGUCAAAAACUUUCGCACCAGCUUCGUCUCAUGGCUAACCUAGCUUUAUUUUUACGGUACGACCGCCAAAUAAACCAAGGCAACGCUAAGACUCUAAACGAUCCUGUAAACUACAUAGUUGCGUUCUACGUAAACCGGCUAAUUUUGGAGGGUGUUUACGACAUUGUCCCAAAAUACGCACUUUACCUCCCGGACCCCCUUCGUGAAGAAUGCUACCUCAACCUACUACGGACAUUCAGAAAUCCCACAGAUACCCAGCAGAGAGCUAUCAUCGAGGCCGCGCAGUGCGAGGAAAUCGAUAUUUAUGGCUAUUUAACUAAAUUCGUGUACGAGUCAAUUUAUAAAGGGGACCAGAUGUUAACGACCAACACCAGCGAAAUCAGGGAAGACGACCUGCAAAAAAUCGACGCGCUGAAGUGGCUUCUCGUGCGAAGCGGCUUGCAACUGUUGGGACUGCAGUAUGUGAACAGCGCUCUUCGUUCAGCCGUAUUAAAUCGAAGGCUGCAGAUGGCUCAAAAGUUAAUAGCGUUAGUUUCUGCCGAUGAUAUACGGGAACUGACCAAUCUUUCUGCGGAUGAAAAUAAAGACGGCAAUCUCAACCGGAGCGAUAUGCCCACCAUACGCCGAGGAGAAUUGCGGUCCCAAACUUCACGUGGUUCUAUCUAUGGCUUGAAAGAGACCGUUGAUUUAGACAGCUAUUCCGAAAGUGAUAGAAGCGAGAAAGUCGAUUCCAUCCACCGUAACAAGGCCCUUAAAGAAUACUUCUGUUUCCAGGCCUAUAUCGAGGCGCACCACAGCUUUACCGAAUGGCUCGAACAUUUCCACAACAAUAAACCUCAAAUGGCACAUGUUGACAAUGUAGGACUAUCAGAGGCUAAAAGGCAGCUCACGGAGGAAUUCGCCAAGAAAGCAUUAGAAGCCAAGUUGGAGACAUGGCAGGUUAGCUUGAACGGGCUUUGUGACCGGACCUGUGCUCAUUUGUACAACAUUCUAAAUUACCAGGACGGAGGCUUUUUACAAGACUGCUACAACGAAGAAGUGGCAUGCGAACGUAGCGAUCAAUCAGUCAUGAACAGGGAAAAGGUGCGAAUUGAAGAACUCCGCGCUCUUAGAAAACUCUGCGUGCCGGAGAUAGUCUCAUUAUUACAUACCGUUCUUCAUGGAACUGGCCGAUACCCAGAGGCUAUGGAAAUUGCGAAUCUUGUUUCCAGCGAAACUCUACGUCUGUAUGAGGAAUUUUCGAGCGCCGAUUUGGCUGCUCUUCUUCUUAAAAUACAGCAAAGCUCCGUGGAACUGAUUAAGACGCCUGACACAAUCGAUCCUUAUGGUAUUAAAGGCCUAUACUCUUUCUAAGAACAAGAAGAACCUUCGGCGGAGUUGUUAUAAUGUGGCCAUUGAUUAGUUAUCAUCUUGUACUACAUAAUAACAAUAAACCAUUACUUCAUGAUAGAUGCAAAUCAUUUUGCGGUUAUCUUAAUAAGCGACAAACGAAA